AUGGCGAGUGGGAUGACAACUAAUUGGAAGAACUGUUUUCCCCAUAUGAACCGGCUGCCACAUCCGCUUUCUGCAUUCGAUUAUUCCGCAAUACUAGACGAGGAGGGCGACAUUCUGGAUUUACAGAAGAAGACCAUCGGUUCUUGCUACAAGUGGUUGGACCGUAUUGUGUACUUGUGUUUGAACCCUCGUUUGAACCUAAGAGCCAGCACGCCGUGCCUUCUCGACAUCAUCCCGGACAUAUACGAAAAACUACAACAUAUUGUCAGCUGUUACCAGGAUGACUAUACAACCUUAUCCCACAUUAGGUACUUUCGAAUUUUCAUUCACUCGGUGAUUUUCAAAAGCAAACAAAUGGUGCGUUUAUUCAAGGAAGCCAAGGAAUCGAUUUUCGUCGACCAGUCCACUCCACGUUCCCAGCUCGUCAAGCUAGCAUUAGUCUUUUCUCACAUGCAACGUGACCUGGAAGCCUUAUUCCCUGACAACAAGUUCUGCAACACCUACCGAAUAACCAAACCAGAUGCUGCCAAAUGGUGGUUGGAUAAUUUUGGCACCGACUCGAUUAUCCAUUGGUCGGCCUUUGAAUCCGCUUUUAGGAAAACUUUUCCUCUUGACCUUAGAGACCAUAUUGACGCCCUGCAUUCGACUAUUGAUCUGACAUGUAAUAACCAUGUUUCGAUUUUUGAAUUUGAUGUGUUUGCACGACUGUUUCAACCAUGGAGCAACGUUUUGCAGUCUUGGAGGGUACUGACGAUUCUUCAUCCAGGCUACAUGGCAUUUAUGACCUAUAAUGAGGUGAAAACGGUCCUGGAACCAUUUCGAAAAUACCCUGGACCUGGAUCUUACGUAUUUAGAUUGUCUUGCACCAAGCUUGGUCAGUGGGCAAUCGGUUACGUAGCGGAAGAUCUGCAUAUUUUUCAAACACUCGUACGGAACAAACCGCUCGCACAAGCGCUUCUUGAUGGUGAGCGUGAAGGUUUUUACCGUUAUCCCAACGGGAAAAAGAGCCCGCCUAAUCUUCUGCUCCACCUAAUUCAUUCUCUUCCCCAAGUCCGUCUUCGUGUGACCAGAGAACAGUACCAGGUCUAUUGUGAAAUUGGAUCCACUUUCGAAUUGUGUAAAAUAUGUGAUGAAAAUGAUAAGAAUGUACAACUGGAGCCUUGUGGUCACUUAAUUUGCCGAGAUUGUCUUAGUACCUUCCAGUCCACAGGCUUAAACCAGACCUGUCCAUUUUGCCGGCUAGAGGUGAAAAGCGUGCAAGAUGUUAUUGUUGAACCGUAUAAGCCAUCUGAGUUUAGCUCGCCCCAAACUGCCGCAGACUCCUGCUUGAGUUUGGUGGACGUAGAAGGAAAGUCCACUGAACAGUCUUGGGCUUCACAGUCUUGUGGAACGUUGCAAGAUACCCCUCGAAAACCACCCCCGGUUCCUCCCAGGAAUGCUACUUUAUCACCUGGCUCUGACCUUGUGCACCCACGGUCCCCUGUCGCAGGUCUCUCACGUGGAUGUUGCAGUAAGUCUUGCUGUGAACUGUCCGAAUGCGUUCCGUGUACAUCAAAUUUGAAAAAGUCGACCGGACAGUUUGAAUUGAACUAUGCUCAAUUAGAUCUCUUUUGGUCCGACUCAGAUUGUGACUCGAUUCCAGAAUAUCGGACUGAUACCAAACGGUUCAGCCGUUCACCGAAAUUAAUAGAUAAAACGACUACAAACGAACCUUCUUCUGUUCUUUCAUCAAAUCCCCCAAUCAACAUCGUGCCCCAUGAGUCACCGGAUAAUGCUGCUCCAGAUAAUCCCUCGUUGGACCCCUCUCCCGUAACCUUCGAAGCCACUGUACGAUAUUUAAUGUCUCUACAUCAGGAUAUGGAUAAGUACAAUGCUCAGCUAUUACUAUGUAUUACUCAGAAUCAGGUGCACAUGGCUGAUCAAAUCUGGCGCCACUUUAUGCCUCGUUCACAAAAG